AUCCAUGGAAUCAGGAAGUAAUAAUUGGCAGCGGUUCACUCAUGAGAAACUUAUAUUUACCGAGGCUCUGGAAGCUUCUGUUUUGUAUCGGCAAAUAACUAGGCUACAGGGUAUUAGACAAGAGUUACGCACUGGAAAAUACAAUAUCCGUGUACCGGUAUCUUUUGGUUUAAAUAUUUUUAGUGUACCAUUUUAAUCUCGUAAAGUACCCGGAAGACUUGAAUUUGACACUUUAGGUAGGGUGAGUAGGAUGGAUGUUCCCCACCUGACAGAAGAUGAAAUGGCCGAUAUAAAAAAGGAAGUCCUGACUAGGCUGCGGCCGUACCUUUGUGAAAAGAUCCGGGCUGACCGUCAUUUUGACUACCUGCGCUCGCGGAAGAUCCUGACUCGAGACGACACAGAGGAGAUCAGCUGCAGGAUCACGCAGACCAAGAAAACGGGCUUGCUCCUGGACUACCUGGCUGAGAACCCUCGGGGGCUGGAUGCCCUGAUCGAGUCCAUCCAACAAGGACGUACGCUCAACUUCCUGAUUACCAAGAUCACUGAUGAAGUGCAGAAGGUGAAGAACGAGAAGCUAGAAUCUCUCAGAGCAGGGGCAUCCAGUUCCACCUCGGGCUUCCUGCCAACUCAGGACACAUCCGGGGACAAUAAAGACCUCUCCAAGACACUGUCAUAUGAGUCCAACCUGGCAUCCACCAUGUUAUACAACGGAGAAGGGAGCCCAUCCACCUCUGACGCCCUAAGGUUCCUCAACCGGCCUGCUGCCUCCAGCCAUGGAAAGGACGUGUUGUCAUCCAUGCGAGGGGGUAGCAUGGCUGUGUCUUCAUCCCAGGUGUCUUCCACACUGCCCAGGCCUGGAGACCCAGGGGCUCCCCCCCUGCCGCAGGAAGUGCUGCUACUGCCAGAGGCCUCAUCUAACAUGGACGCUGGACCACACAGGAGCACGGCGAUCAGCGGAGGGGAUGUCAACUUCCAGCCCCUGAGGUCACGCUCCACACCCACUUUCAUGUCAUACAGGGACCCUUCACCUCAGCCCCCACCAAAGUCUUAAUGAGACCCCCCCCCCCCUGCCCUGGACUACUUCCCAGCAUUACUCAUAACAAACAUUCACUCUUCAAAUGUGUUGUUCGUACCUGUGUAUGUGUUUUAUCAAUGGUUUUAGUUGAGUGUUACUUUAAACAAAUAUCAACUUGUAAAGUAUGUUCCAUGCCUUACAUUAUACACUGGGUCAACCCGAAAGCUGGACAAACCUGUUUUGGGUUCAAUAUGAAAUAAGUAACUGCUUACUAAUGAUGCCUCAAUCAUAAGCUGUAACCUCAUGAAUUUUACUCUGCUUCUAUCAAGUCCUCAUUCGUAAAAUGCCCCUUCCUUACACAUAGAGAGUUGGGUUUAGACAUACAGUGCCUUCAGAAAGUAUUCAUACCCCUUGACUUAUUGUGGUACAACCUGAAUUCAAAAUAUAUUAAAUCAAAUAAAAAUAUUGCCUGUUUACACACAAUACCCCACAAUGACAGUUUUUGCAAAUUUAUUGAAAAUUAAAUAUAGAAACAUCCCAUUUACAUAAUUAUUCACACCCCGAGUCAAUACUUUAUAGAAGCACCUUUGGCAGUGAUUACAGCUGUGAGUCUUUCUGGGUAAGUUUUCCACACUUGGAUUGUGCAACAUUUGGCCAUUAUUGUUUUCAGAAUUCUUCGAGCUCUGUCAAAUUUGUUGUUGAUCAUUGCUAGACUUACCAUUUUCAAGUUUUGCCCUAGAUUUGCAAGUAGAUUUAAGUCUAAACUGUAACUGCCAGUCAGGAACUUUCACUGUCUUCUUGGUAACCAGGUUUAACUAUAGGAUUUGCCUGUGCUUAGCUGCAUUCUGUUUAUUGUCCUUAACGAAUAACGAGUCCUUAACAAUUACAAGCAUACCCAUAACAUGCAGCCACCACUCUGCUUGAACAUUUGGAGAGUGGAACUCAGUAAUGUGUUGUAUUGGAUUUGACCCUAACAUAACACUUUGUAUUCUGGACAAAAAGUUCAUUGCUUUGCCACAUUUUUCUGUGCCUUGUUGCAAACAGGAUGCAUGUUUUGGAAUUUAUGUAUUCUGUCAAUUAUAUUAAUAGUGUGGAGUAACUACAAUGUUGAUCCAUCCCCAGUUUUCUCCUAUCACAGUCAUUAAACUCAUGUUGAAACCCCUUAGCAGUUUCUUUCCUCUCCGGCAACUGAGUUAGGAAGGAUGCCUUUAUCUUUGUAGUGACUGGGUGUAUUGAUAUACCAUACAAAGUGUAAUUAUGCUCAAAGUGAUAUUCAAUGUCUGCUUUUUUUACCCAUCUGUCAGUAGGUGUCCUUCUUUGCGAGGCAUUGGAAAACCUCCCUGCUCUUUGUGGUUUACAUUUUUUACAUUUCAGUAGAUGCUCUUAGCCAUAGCGACUUACAGUAUUUUGUGCUUACAUUGUUUGUUUUGGUUGUUUUUUUUGGGGGGGGGGGGUCAUACUGGUCCCUUAUGGGAAUCGAACCCCACAACCUCGACUGAGGGACCUUGCAGAGAAUUGUAUGUGUUUGGUACAGUCAUUCAAGUCAUGAGGUAGUCAUUCAAAAAUCAUGUUAAGCACUAUUAUUUCACACAGAGUCCAUGCAACUUAUUAUGCAAUUUUUACUCCUGAAUUUAUUUAGGCAUGCCAUAAUAAAGGGGUUGAAUACU